AUGCGUGAGUGGGGUAUUCGUAACAUUUUCACUAUCAUAGUUGACAAUGCUUCUACCAAUGAUGGUGCUUUGGAGUUUGUGAAAAAGAAAACUAGUAAUAAGGAGGGCGCCAUAUUAGAGAGUCAGUUUAUGCAUAUCAGGUGUUGUACACACAUACUAAAUCUUAUUGUAAUUAAUGGUUUGAAAGAGGUUGAUGAGUCCAUUGUGAGGGUUAGAAGUGCGGUGAAGUAUGUGAAGUCUUCACCUGCAAGAUUUGAGAAGUUUAAGGCUUGUAUUGAAAGAGAACAACUUGAUUUCAAGGAUUUGUUGUGUCUUGAUGUUCCCACUAGAUGGAACUCUACAUAUUUGAUGUUGGAAGGUGCUGAAAAAUGUCGAGUUGCUUUCCAAUUUAUGGAAGAGCUUGAUAAGACCUUUAAGCCUACAUUGACCGAGGAAAAAAAAUGA